AGAAGAUCGAGCGGAGCCGGAAGGACUGUCUGACAGAAGGACGUAGCUGUGCUGUGUUUAGCUCAGAAAGAUGCUGACCAAUAUCUCUAAUGUGCUGAGGGCCUGCGCUCAGAGGAAUGGAUCUGUAGCGCUCGUGUCAGCACGAACAUAUGCUGACUUCACAACCGAGGCUUCCUUUGAAAUAAAGAAAUGUGACAUCCACAAGUUUGAGGAGGCCCCGGCCACUGAGGUGGUGAUGACCCGCGAUGAGGGUCUGAAGUACUACCGCGUGAUGCAGACCAUCAGGCGUAUGGAGCUGAAAGCAGAUCAGCUGUACAAGCAGAAGAUCAUCAGAGGAUUCUGCCACUUGUACGAUGGCCAGGAGGCCUGUGCAGUUGGUAUUGAAGCAGGAAUCAAUUUGUCAGACCAUCUGAUCACUGCGUACCGCGCUCACGGCUACACUUACACCAGAGGAGGGACUGUGAAGCAGAUCAUGUCCGAGCUCACCGGCAGAAAAGGAGGUAUUGCAAAGGGCAAAGGAGGCUCCAUGCACAUGUACACUAAAAACUUCUAUGGAGGAAAUGGAAUCGUCGGAGCUCAGGUUCCUCUCGGUGCUGGUGUGGCUCUGGCCUGCCAGUAUCUGGAGAACAACCAAGUGUCCGUCAGUCUUUAUGGUGACGGUGCUGCCAACCAGGGUCAGAUUUUUGAAACUUACAACAUGGCAGCACUUUGGAAGCUGCCCGCCAUCUUCAUCUGUGAGAACAACAGGUAUGGCAUGGGGACGUCAGUGGAGCGCUCUGCUGCCAGCACAGACUACUACAAGAGAGGAGACUACAUUCCCGGUCUCAGGGUGGAUGGGAUGGAUGUUCUCUGUGUUCGGGAAGCCACCAAAUUUGCAGCGGAUCACUGCAGAGCUGGGAAGGGUCCCGUUCUCAUGGAGCUUCAGACCUACCGCUACCACGGACACAGUAUGAGCGAUCCUGGUGUCAGCUACCGCACACGUGAGGAGAUCCAGGAGGUCCGCGGGAAGAGUGACCCCAUCUCCCUGCUGAAGGACCGCAUGCUCAGCAACAACAUGGCCAGCAUCGAGGAGCUCAAGGAGAUCGACGUGUCGGUGAGGAAGGAGAUUGAAGACGCUGCUCAGUUCGCUACGACAGAUCCCGAGCCUCCACUGGAAGAAUUAUGCAACCACAUCUUUCACGACAACACCCCGAUGGAGGUGCGCGGCGUGAACCCGUGGACCAAGCUGAAGUCUGUUAGCUAAAGCUUUUUCAUCCUCUCUUAUCAUCAGGUCCUCCACCCAACAAUAUCUGAUCUCCCUAAGCCACUCACUUAUACGCACUCAUUGUAAUUAAGACCCAGAGCUUAGACAUGGGACAGUAAAUGGAUUUCAGCGCUGUACAGUCACACAGCCGGGACCAUAUUCACAAAGAUGUUCUGAGAAGAGUCAUAAAAACAUUACAUUGGAAAACCUUUAAAGAUUGAAGCAACCUUAUGAGCAUUUCUACUGCAGUGAUGCAUAGUCUUAUGAAAUUAUCUCCCAUAUUUAUUUAUAUCUUGUGUUAAAUGUUAAUGUAAAAUUACCAGUUUGCAAAGUCAACACAAUAAAGAUCAUUUAUUUAAUGUUAAGUAGUUAAAUGUACCAUCCUUGACACUGGUGGAUUAUUUAAAGUCUUCCCCUUGUGAAUGAACUUAAAUAUUUAAACCCCUUUGAUGAAUUGUCUUGGUUUUAAAAUGGAAGCUUAAUAAAUAACUUUAGCUCGUGUUUCCAGGAUUAUUGGGCUAUUUUAACUUUAGCACUAAAUUGGAAGGCUUGGUAAAUCUGGACCCAAGCUAAUCAAAUCUGGUCCACACUAAAUUUGCUUUAGAUCAUUCUCCCUGGUCACUUUUGAGGUGUAAUAAAAAAAAAAAAACGUCUUUCCAUCACUCCUCUCAUCUCAUAAAAACACUGAACUGUAAAAAAUACUGAAGUGUACAUGAUAAAUCGUUCAGUUUAAACACUGCUGUUACUAAAAAGAUCCUCAAUCCGGCCCCAUUGUUAGUGUUUCAAUAUGUUGUACGUAAGAGAGGGCGAAGAAUACCAAGGGAAGGGUUUGAAAUAUUUAAUUUUAUCUUGCCAAACCAAACGUGCCUGGCAAAUCUUGUGUUGUUGUCGAAUGUGUCGUCUCAUGUUUGUGUCUCACUCCAGUCUGAGCAGCUACCUGUGCAUCUGGACAGAGAGGUGUUUCAAAUGUUUAUUUUGCAGAUACUCAGGUGUCUGGUUUCAUUUUCAUGAUACAAACAAACCAUUCAUUGAUAUAUAUAUAUAUAUUCGGAAAGACUAUUAUUCAAUGACUAAUGUAAAUGUGUGUAAAUACUUACACUCAAUUACCACAAUCUGUAACAUCUAUUGCCGUACGUUUCCAGAUCAAAGAGAGGUGCUGGGGGAAGUAUUGUUGGGCUAGCUAUUUGUUUGUUGUGCUCACAAGGUGUUAUGUGCUUUAACAACACAUCAGCAGUGGCACAUUAUUGACUCAAAUGGAGAGGGAUUCACAGACAUUUUGAAUUUCAGUCAGUUUUUUCCUUGCAAAGUACUUGAACAUGAAAAGUGUACCGACACCUCGGUUAGCAAAAAACAAACCUGCUUAUCGACACAGCAAGCUGCCUUUCAGUUAAUGGUGUUCCUAAACAUUGCAGCAAUGCGUUGUUGUUUCUCUAUGAUGUGAUUCUUUCGGCAAAAAAUAAGACUGACUUAAAUUUAAAAUGUCAAUACCUGUCUUAAUACAACAGAUGCCCACGGUGUGAGUAUUUUUUCUAAUGAACUGUUACAUUGAGGGGGUGGAAGAAGACGAAGGGAAACGCUCCAUGGAAACAUUGUUUUUAUGUGCACCACUGUAAUAAAAGACUAAGAUACU